UGUAUUUAGGAGGCUCUGGGUGCCCAUGUAGGGGACUAACAGAAGCACUGCAGACUUUUAUAGAGAAAUGAGUGAUAAGAGUCCUCAUACUUAAAGACUGCAUUAGCAACACCACUGACCCAGGAGCACAAACACAGAGACAGUCAACAUGGCUAGUAAGAAAGCUGCAGCUAAGAGGGGUAAAACUGCUCAAAGGGGCUCCUCCAAUGUCUUCUCCAUGUUUGAGCAAUCACAAAUACAGGAGUUUAAAGAGGCAUUCGGCUGCAUAGAUCAGAACCGGGAUGGAAUUAUAAACAAAGCUGAUCUGAAGGAAACGUAUGGACAACUAGGAAAGCUGAAUGUGAGUGAUGAAGAGCUGGAGUCUAUGUUAGCAGAGGGAAAAGGGCCCAUCAACUUUACUGUCUUCCUCACUCUCUUCGGAGAAAAGCUCAAUGGCACAGAUCCUGAAGAAACCAUUCUUGCUGCUUUUAAACUGUUUGACCCAAAUGCUACAGGAGUUGUCAAUAAGGAUGAGUUCAGGAGGCUGCUAAUGAACCAAGCGGAUAAAUUCACAGCGGAAGAGGUUGACCAGGCUUUUGCAGUGGCCCCAAUAGAUGUGGCUGGGAAUAUUGAUUAUAAAUCACUUUGCUACAUUAUCACGCAUGGUGAUGAAAAGGAAGAGUCUUGAAUAAAGGCAAAUCUUUCAUUUGAA